GUCUUCUCACUACCAACCACACCGAAACCUUACUUCUCAAAGUUUCUGGCAGAUUAGCCGUAAAAAACUAUUUGAGAACCGUUCAGAUAAUCUCUUCCAAGAUGAAACCUGAAAAGCUUUUCGGAAGGGAUGGUGGACCGUUCAAUAACUUACCGAAUCGCUUUCACCCCAAAAGUUACGGAAGUUCCAUGUUUCGACAGAAGGGUGCUAGAAUUGCCGGUGUGAUUGGCUUAAUAUUUAUUGUUUUCAUGUUUUUCCAUGGCUCUUUCUUUUCAGCUGUUGAACAAAUACCCACUUCCUUGUAUACGAUGAAUGAUGAUCCUUCUUAUCAAUACAGGGAGUAUGACUUACGUGACUUAAUGAAUGUUAAAUUUACCGGAGACUAUUCUAAAAGCGGACACAUCCUUAUUUGUGCUCCUCUUAGAAACGCUCGGGACCAUUUGACUAUGUUUUUCGAACAUUUACGUAACUUAACUUAUCCUCAUCACUUGAUUGAUUUGGCCUUCUUAAUUUCUGAUACAGAUGAUAACACCCUCGAUUCUUUAAAAUCCAAGUUAGAAAUUCUUCAAAAAGAUGAGGAUACUAACAUGCGUUUCAACAGUGCUGUCAUUUAUUUAAAAGAUUUUGGUGCGCUAGUUGGUCAGCAAUUUAGCGAUCGACAUGGAUUUGCUGCUCAGGGUCCAAGACGCAAACUUAUGGCACGCGCGCGUAACUGGUUGCUGUCCGCUGCUCUCAAGCCAUAUCACUCAUGGGUUUAUUGGCGUGAUGUAGAUGUUAAAAUUGCCCCAAAUACUAUUUUGGAAGAUCUGAUGCGUCAUGAUAAAGAUGUUAUUGUACCCAACGUAUAUCGCCCUCUUCCUGAGUGGUUUGGUACCACUGAACAAGCCUAUGAUUUGAAUUCAUGGUCUGAAUCUGAAACUGCUCUUCAGCUUGCCGAAACCCUUGAUGAAGAUGCUGUUAUUGUUGAAGGGUAUGCCGAAUAUGCCACAUGGCGACCUCAUUUGGCAUACCUUCGUGAUCCUAAUGGUGAUCCUAAUGCUGAAAUGAAUUUAGACGGUAUCGGCGGUGUUUCAAUUAUGUCUAAGGCAAAGGUUUAUUUUGAGGGUGCCCAUUUUCCUGCUUUCUCAUUCGAACGUCAUGCUGAAACUGAGGGCUUUGGUAAAAUGGCUAAGCGCAUGGGCUUUUCCGUUGUUGGUCUUCCUCACUAUGUUAUCUGGCAUAUUUACGAACCAAGUGAUGAAGAUAAAGUUAUUAUGGCUGAAAUGGAAAGGGAACAAAAAGAAAGAGAAGCAGCUGAAAGGGAAGCUGAAGCUCAAGCUCAUCGUGCUCAAAGUGCGACUCAGCGGUAUAAGGACGAUGGAGCUGAAGAAGGUCCUUUAGCUCAUGGUAAUGACCACAGUUCCUGAACACGUUUAAAUACGAUAAAAAAUGCCUUCAAUCGUGUUCUUUAACUAGUUUCUCUAAAGGCGAUAGAAGCCCAAAAGCUUACUUCUCUAAUUAUUUCACCAGCAUAUUAUGUUAAUAAGCGGAUUCAUUUAUUUACUAAAGUCUUUCUUUUACUUGUCAUCAUAAUAAUUGCCUUUAUUUAAUUGCUUGUAUCCAUGUGUAUCUGAUAUUCUAUUACUUUGGGUAUUGUACGGCAAGCUUUAAAGUCAAAGUUAUAAAAAUAUAGGUUUUUGGAAACGCUUUAUAGUGUAUAGAACAAAAAAGCUCAUGCUGGUGCCUAUCUUUAUGUUCCGACUGAAUUGCAGUUAAUCUACCUUUUCUUAUUGUUUUAUUUUUUUCUCAGAGAAUGGUGUUGAAAAUAUGAAUGCUUUUUAUUCCAUUUUCUUUUUUGGCUUCUACAUUAUUGGAGUAGUUUUCUAUUUUUCAAUUACAGUUGAAG